UGCAGCUGUUUGUCUGUUCGACACAGGCUUGGGCCGGACGGAGGAGACAGAACCCCAGGACUACUGAAAUCUGGAAACCCCCCUCCCCUCCCCCUUCCCCCUUCUGCCGCUUUGUGGCAUCCCCUUCCCUCUACCCUUCCCCACUCUACUAACCUGGCCAUGACUAGCAGAAGCACAGCCAGGCCCAAUAGGCAGCCUCAGGCCAGCAAAAUAUGCCAGUUCAAGUUGGUCCUGCUGGGAGAAUCUGCAGUGGGGAAGUCUAGCCUGGUAUUACGUUUUGUCAAAGGGCAGUUCCAUGAGUACCAGGAGAGUACCAUUGGAGCGGCCUUCCUUACCCAGUCCGUUUGUCUAGAUGAUACAACAGUCAAGUUUGAAAUCUGGGACACAGCUGGGCAGGAGCGAUACCAUAGUUUGGCCCCUAUGUACUACAGGGGGGCCCAAGCAGCAAUUGUGGUUUAUGACAUUACCAAUCAGGAAACUUUUGCCCGGGCGAAGACAUGGGUGAAGGAACUACAACGACAGGCCAGUCCUAGUAUUGUUAUUGCCCUGGCAGGAAACAAAGCUGACCUGGCCAACAAGCGCAUGGUGGAGUAUGAAGAGGCCCAAGCAUAUGCAGAUGACAACAGCUUAUUGUUUAUGGAGACUUCAGCCAAGACAGCUAUGAACGUGAAUGAUCUCUUCCUGGCAAUAGCUAAGAAGUUGCCAAAGAGUGAACCCCAGAAUCUGGGGGGUGCAGCAGGCCGAAGCCGGGGUGUGGAUCUCCAUGAGCAGUCUCAGCAGAACAAGAGCCAGUGUUGUAGCAACUGAGGGGGUGGCUAGCAGCAAACAAGUAUGGAGCUAGCAUGAGAGCUAAGAGAUAACCUCCAUCCCUACCCCUUAGAACACAGCCCCUACAGUAACAGCACACUGAGCCCUGGCUCCCAAGGGCUGCCUCCUGACAGCUCUGUCAUGGCACUUUUUAAUGCUUCAGCAACCAACACCAGGCAGCUGUUGGCCAGUGGCCUCCUACCCCCUACCCUGGGGUUUGGGGGUCAGAUUCCCCUGGGACUUAACUUCCAAAACGAACUUUCUUCACUUUAUAUUAUAGGUGUAAAACAGUGACCUACUUAUUUUUCCUCUUC